AUUAUGAAAAUGAAAACCCAACAUUUAUUAUUAAUGCUUUUAUUUCUAUAAAACUCAAAUUUGAUCUUAUUUCAAUUACAAGACCCCAGUAGUGAGAGAAACUUUUUUGAACCCAAAAGGCAUACUGUUUUAGAGAUUUUGCAGCAGAAACAAUAUGGCAGAGAGAUUCGAGAUAUAGGAAUCGUGAUGGAAGUGGAAGGUACAGUGGGAAAAAUUUUUCUGGGAAUCUUAUACUAUGAGUGAUACGGAGACUGAAAGAUCUUCUCUAACCCAAGAAAGAAAGCGAAGUCUCAGCCUUUUUUGUGGCUCUUUGUUUGGGACAAAGAGAAACUAUAGAAAAUAGCUCUUUUAGCGGGUAUAAUAAGCUUUAAUGGCUGUUCAGUGUUCUCGUACAACAUAAAAAAGACAGGAGGGAGAGAUCAGAGUGAGUAACUCAUGGCUUUGAAAGUGUCAUAGAUUAGGAGCCGUAGAAGAUAUAGCAAAGAGUCAGAGAGAGAGACAAAGAGAGAGAGAGAGAGAGAGAGAGAGAGAGAGAGGAAAAACACUCAAAAGGGUUUUUGAAAGUGAAGCAUAAAAUACUGAAAGAUUCACGGGAUUGUCAGUGAGUAUCUUUCAUUUGGGGUAGUACACGUUGCUCCAGAAAAGCAAAGAGAAAAAGAGAGAAAAUAAGAGAAAAUUUUUCUUUUUCUUUCUUUGAGAGAGAGAAAAGGGAGCUGGGUUGUGCUUUUUGUAGUUUUAGACUAGUGGGGCUGUGAAUUCGGCGCUGUUUUUGAAUUUGAGAAGUUUGUCACUCUAAAGCAAUAGAGAUAGAGCAAAUAUGGGAAAAGCUGCAAGGUGGUUUAAGGGCUUUUUGGGGAUGAAGAAGGAGAAGAAUCUUGUGGAGAAUUCAGGUCCAAUUUCUGUGGAGAAGAAAGAGAAGAAAAGGUGGAGUUUUGGCAAGUCAGUAAAGGACUCCAGAACAGUUGGUCAAUCUCCAGUGAGCAAUGCAGCUAAUAUGCCAGCCACUGAUGCUGCUUGGCUCAGAUCCUACAUUGCUGAGACAGAGAAGGAGCAGAACAAGCACGCAAUUGCGGUGGCUGCUGCCACGGCAGCUGCUGCUGAUGCUGCCGUGGCUGCAGCGCAAGCGGCGGUGGCGGUUGUGAGGCUGACAAGCCAUGGGAGGGGAACUAUGUUUGGUGGUGGGAGGGAGAGGUGGGGUGCUGUGAAGAUUCAGACUGUUUUUAGAGGCUAUUUGGCCCGAAAAGCACUUCGAGCGCUAAAAGGACUGGUUAAGUUACAAGCUCUUGUUAGAGGCUAUCUUGUCCGAAAACGGGCUACUGCAACUCUUCAUAGUAUGCAAGCUCUUAUAAGAGCACAGACUGCUGUUCGAUCACAGCGUGCUCGUCGUUCUCUCAACAAAGAGAACAGAUUUCAUCCUGAGAUUCGACCAAGAAUGUCCGUGGAAAGAUUUGAUGAAACAAGAAGUGAAUUUCAUAGUAAGAGGCUGUCUGCAUCUUAUGAAGCUUCAAUGAAUGCCUUUGAUGAUAGCCCAAAAAUUGUCGAAAUUGAUACAUACAAACCCAGAUCAAGGUCUAGACGAAUCAACGUGUUAUCUGAAUGUGGUGAAGACCUGCCUUAUCAAACGAUCUCAUCGCCUUUCCCAUGUCCAAUUCCUCCUCGUAUAUCCAUACCUGAUUGCCGAAACCUUCAAGACUUUGAAUGGUACUUCACUGGUGAAGAAUGUAAGUUCCCUACUGCUCAGAGCACUCCAAGGUUUGGUAAUUCAUUGCAGUCCAAUGCCCCAACUACACCGGCCAAGAGCGUUUGUGGAGACAGCUUCUUUAGGUCUUACUUGAACCACCCUAACUAUAUGGCAAGCACACAAUCUUUUAAGGCCAAGUUGAGGUCUCACAGUGCCCCGAAGCAAAGACCAGAACCAGGGCAAAAGAAGAGGCUCUCACUGAAUGAAAUUCUGGCAGCAAGAAAUAGCAUCAGCAGUGUUAGAAUGCAGCGGUCUCCUUCCCUAGUUGAAGAAGAAGAUUUUUGACAAAUUGUUGUCAAGAGGUCCUGUGUUUGUUAGAGAGAACCAGUGAAGGAUUUCAGUUUUUAAAUGAUUCUCUAAGCUUGAUUUACCACUUUUAGUAUCAACAGCAAAUAGGAUAGAGAGCACAGAGUCCUUAUGUAAAUUCUUCUAAAACAGUUCUUAUUGAAUCAUGCCUUAUGGAAAUUAAAUAGCUUUUAUUUUUAUUU